AUGUCAUUUAUGUUCACACUUGUGCUGCUGCUAAUCCAAAGGGUGUACUCCGAUUCCCCAAUAAUAGAAACGCCGUGGGGCCUAAUUCGAGGGGUGCCCGCUGAUGAUGGAGACUACAACAUGUUUUUGGGUAUACCCUAUGCUCGUGUAGAUCCAGAAAAUCCAUUCGGGGCCGCAAAGCCGUUUCCAAAAUUCACUGGAGUCUUCGAAGCAAACAACGGCACCACGAUCUGCCCUCAAAGGGAAGAAGUUUCACAAGAGAUACGGGGAACACUAGAUUGUCUAGUAUUACACAUUUAUGUGCCUGACAUAACAAAAAACAAGACGCCUGUUCUCGUUUUCGUUCACGGAGGGUUUCAUGAUUUUGGAGACGGGGGACCAGAUACAUAUGGUCCAAAUUAUUUGGUACGCCACGGUAUAAUUGUGGUAUCAAUAAAUUAUCGACUAGGUCCAUAUGGUUUUAUGUGCUUGGACAUACCAGAGGUGUCCGGCAACCAGGGUUUCAAGGAUCAGACAAUGGCAUUGCGAUGGAUCAAGGAAAACAUAGAAUAUUUUGGGGGCGACUCAGACAAAAUUACGCUUUACGGUCAAAGCUCCGGGGCCGUCUCUGUUGAAUUUCAUUUAUUAUCGGAAAACGAGAAAUUAUAUAAUCAAGCGAUAGUGCAGAGUGGAGGAACUUAUGUUUGGAAAGCAGCUAAGAGUACAAAUAAUACUUUACCAUUACUGCUGGCAUCAGAUUUGGGUUUUAAGACGUAUGACGUAUAUAAAGCACUAGCGUAUUUAAAAGGUAUUGAAGUGGAACGAGUUAUAGAGUCUGCGACGAGGUUAAAAAUGCAAAGUAGUGGGUGUAUCGAAAAAAAGUUCAAUGGCGUUGAAGGUUUUCUCUACGUAGAUCCGGUUACAAUUAAAACAUUACCUAAAACGAAGAACCUUCCAUUAUUAGUCGGCAUCACUGAUGCAGAACGGCUGCUUUACGUCAUCAGAGGCCUUACUAAAAACCCAUUGGGCUACGAUCCCUUUAAAGAUUUGGUAAGAUAUGUGCCGCAAAACGAAAUGAGUAAAGCUUAUGACAUCGUGCGUAGAUUUUACAUAGGUGAUGCCCCUAUAACGAUAGAGGUUAUUGAUAAUUUGAUUGAUUUUGAUUCGGAUUUUAAGUACACUUACCCAUCAGAGCAGAGUGUAAUGAGAUUUUUGAAGAGUGAAGCGAAAGUAUACCAUUUUUUGUUCAGCUAUACUGGAGGUAGAAACCAAUUGAAGGUUCGAGACAAUAUUACAAUAGGUGGAGCAGCGCAUUCUGACGAUGUAGGAUAUGUCUUUGAGACUAAACGUUUGCGGGGAAAGGGAAGUGAUGUUGAUUUUUUGGUUCUGGAUAGAAUGACCAAAAUGUGGGCUAACUUUGUCAAGUAUGGUAACCCAACGCCAGACGUCACCGAUCUCCUGCCGAUCGCAUGGCCGUUAGCGACUACUCAAAGACUACACUACUUAAAUAUAGAUAAAGAAUUGUCCCUUGGGAUAAGACCAUUCCACAAUCGAUUCGCAUUCUGGGACCUCUUCUAUUUACAUUAUGUAAAUAAUGCUGGGGUCCUAAAUAGUAUUAAGUUUAUAUUACUAUUUGUUUUAGGUGUUUUGCACUGUAUUGUAUAA